AUGACUGGGCCAUGGCUGCUGCUUCUUCUGCCCCUCGGGUGUCCAGCCCUGCCCACAGGCUUGACCCACAUGCCCCUCCCUUCUCUGGCCCCACCCGUCACACUGCUGGAGAACGGAAAGCAGCAGGUGCUGGUGGUCUGCCUGGUCCUCGAUGCGUCGCCCCCUGGCCUUGACGGUUCCGUCUGGUUCUCAGCGGGCAACGGCAGUGCCCUGAAUGCCUUCACCUACGGUCCUUCCCAGGCGACAGAUGGCACCUGGACCAGCUUGGCCCACCUCUCCCUGGCCCCUGAAGAGCUGGUAGCCUGGGAGCCCUUAGUCUGUCACACUGGGCCCAGGGCUGGGGGCCAGAGCCGGAGCACACACCCUCUCCAGCUGGCAGGGGAGCCUUCCACAGCCAGGACCUGCUUCCAGGAGUCUCUUAGGGGGCCGCUGGGCCAGGCUCUGAGGCUGGGGGUGCUGCGGUUGCUGCUCUUCAAACUGCUGCUGUUCGACGUGCUGCUGACCUGCAGCUGCCUCUGUAUCCACUGACCACCAUCUCCUCUCGGGACAG